AUGCUUGAAGUAGUUACGGUUGUUGUAGAUUUUGAUGAUGUGGAAGACAUGCUUGAAGUAGUUACAGUUGUUGUAGAUUUUGACGAUGUGGAAGAUUUUGUUGAAGUAGUUACGGUCGUUGUAGACAUUGAAGACGUGGAAGAUUUUGUUGACGUAGUUACGGUUGUUGUAGAUUUUGAUGAUGUGGAAGACAUGCUUGAAGUAGUUACGGUUGUUGUAGAUUUUGAUGAUGUGGAGGAUUUUGUUGAAGUAGUUACAGUUGUUGUAGACUUUGAUGAUGUGGAGGAUUUUGUUGAAGUAGUUACGGUUGUUGUGGACCUCGACGAUGUGGAGGAUUUCGUUGACGUAGUAACGGUUGUUGUAGACAUUGAAGAUGUGGAAGACAUGGUUGAA